AUGAAGAUCAAGGUUAGCUGCACUGGGUUAGGCACAAAAGUCGUCAGCGCGGAUAACGACUGUACUUUAUAUGAGCUGCUGGAGUUAGUGUCAAGAGAGUUGCAAAGCAGCAAGCCUUUCCAAUGUUUGAGAUUCGGGUACCCGCCACAGGUUAUUGAGGCAAGCGAAGCAAACCUAAGCAAAAAACUUGAAGACAUUGGGCUGAGCUCAGGUGAGAAAGUAGCAUUAGUACAACAGAAAGUAAUUGGAGGUAUUGAGCCCAUGGCAGCACCCAAAACACCUCGAAAACUGCUUGAAAAUCAGAUUUCUUUAGACGGAAUCUGGCCAGACCGCAUUCUACAAAUACAUGCUGUACCAGACGACAAUUCCUGCAUGUUUCAUGCAAUUUCGUACUGCGUCCAUGGUGACACGUCGCACACGCAAGUGUUCCGCGAAAUAGUCGCCUCCGAAAUUGCAGCUGACUCCGUCGAGUAUUCAGAUGCUAUACUUGGCAAACCAAAUAAAGAAUACUCGCAGUGGAUUCUCAAGAAGACCUCAUGGGGAGGCGGCAUUGAACUAGCUAUUCUUUCAAAGGUUUUGAAAUUAUGUAUCUAUGUGCUUGAUGUGGAUGCUUGCAAGUUCGAAAAGUUCAAUGAACAACAUUUUGACGACUUCGUCAUGGUUGUGUUCAAUGGGGUGCACUACGACGCUAUGGAAGUGGCAAAUGAUUCCAGUAGCAGCACAGUUAAAGUACUGAAUAGUCGAUCUGAUAAAAUAGAUCAGGUUUUAGCGAGAGCCCUUGAAGUUGCUUCGAAGCUUAAAAGUAAAGGAUAUUCCUUUAAUACCACGCGAGAUCGCAUUAAAUGCAACGUUUGCUCGGAAAUGCUGAUUGGUGAGCGCGACGUAGCUCGCCAUGCGGAGAAAACAGGGCACUUUGAUUUCGGGCAAAGCAAGGAGUAG